AUGAAGAUAUCUAACACUCCUAAUAAUGAUAAAGCACAGGCUGGAGACGGAUUUUUAUAUGAUUUUAAAGAAAAAUUUAAUGUUCAUGAUUCGGAGAUAGUAGAAUUGGACAAAUAUUUUCGUAGAAUUUGGAGGUCAUCAUUAAGUUUAGAAUCUUAUCCACUAGUUCUUAAACAACAUUGUGACUCGCUUCAGAAAAAGUUUUACAAUGAUAAUUAUCUCAAAGAUUAUCAGAAAGCAUAUUUAAUAUAUAAACUUACGGAAUAUCAGGAUAAAUUUAAUUUAGCAAACCAAACUGGUGAAAAAAGACUAUGUAAUGAUU